ACCAACCAACAAACGGGGUUCCUCAGAAGCGUUCUAGAACGUAUUGCAUUGUGUAAAAGGAGAUCGAAAGACAAACUUGCGGCUUCAGCAACUUUCCACGACUCACAAUGAGCGUGGCGGAAGCUACAAACUUUUUCAGAUUAUUCUUUUGAACCACAAGAGCCUGGAAUGGUCGAGUAGCGAGUGAUAAAGUUAAACCGGGCCCACGCCGAACAAAAUGGCGUCUGGAACAAGUCCAAGGUCACGGAAAGGUCGACACCGUCGCCAAGAGUUUCCCUCGUCCGCUACUCUGGGGUCGUUCUGGGCCCAUCACCCGGCCGUCAACCUCCAGUCGGUGGAAGACAUCUUGGACAGAAAACUCCGAGAAGGUCAAGAUCACAGAGAAGACGAUCCAGCUCCAAGGUCCUGGCGAGAUCGGCGGUACGAGGUCUCCUCGGAUCAACUGGGAUCGUUUGUGGAUCACAGGUCGGGAUUCAACUUCCGUUCUAUAGAUGACGUCACGACACAAGGGGUCUCAGAUGGACCAACAGGCGCAGACGACACGCCAAGAGUCUGGUCGUCUCAAGACAGAAGCCAGGAAACUCCGUCUUAUUCCACCCUCGGUUCCCGCCCCUCGCCUGUUGACCUUCAGUCUGUGGAAAACAUCAUAAGUCAAAGAUACGGGGGCGAAGAAGAUGCUUCAAAGUCAAAUUCACGGCCACCAAGGUCUCAAGAGCGGAGCCAAGACUCGCCUUCUUACUCCACCCUCGGCUCCCGCCCUUCGCCUGUUGAUCUUCAGUCUUUGGAGGACAUAAUGAGCGCAGAAGAUGCUUCAAGGUUAAGAAGUGCGUGGCUGCAGAUGUCUCAAGAAAGGAGCCAAGACUCGCCGUCUUAUUCCACUUUGGGCUCCCGCCCGUCGCCUGUUGACCUCAGCUCCGUCAACAACCUCUUACGCCACAGGUACGGGGUGUCUAUCUCUCAGAGCGACCUUCCUUCAACUUCAAGGUCGAGUUCGAAAACCUCCUUGAGUCACCAGGAAGAGACGCCAUCUUCCUCCACCCUAGGGUCGACCCCUCGCCGCCGCUCCGUCAUCAACCUGCGCUCCAUCGAGGACGUCAUUCGUCGGAAGUUUCGGAGUUUCCGCCACCGGUCGGCUUCGUCUGGUGGACCGCUGGAUGGACCCAACAGCGGGGCGCCUGUCAGUCAGCCGUCCUCCAGCCAAACCCUCUCCAUGUCCUUACACCCGAGUAACGUCACCUUCGGUACCGCCACGGAGGCCGGGCUGAGCAACUUCAGCUUCAACACCAACGUUUGGAACGUCGCUUCCGACAUGGCAACAGGUGGAAUUCGCGCGUCGCCCAGAUCAGGGCCACAAGGCUACUCCACCAUGCCUCCUAGCGGGUACUUCCCAAACAACAGGCCCGCGGCGGUUGCAGCCAGCCAGUCGUCACACGCGGGCAGCGCCUACGCCUCCGCCAGCUCUGCGUCAUCGGACGUUUCCAUGGAUACGAGCGUUCCCAUGGAGACCCCGUCCGCUACAAGCCUGAGGGAGCUGCAUGGCUGGGAAGACGAAGUUGCUGACAAGGAUACUGACUCUGACUCUGACUCGCGAUCGGAGACACAAAGUGACGACCCAGCCCAGUUCAAGUAUUGCUACAGGUGUGACGGACUGGGCAUCGCGCAUAGUGACGACACCUGGCACUGGGCGCCGUCCCGCGAGCUGCCCUGCCACUUCUGCCGCCGCUGCACGACCUGCAAGGGCAACGGCGUCAUCCCCAUCACCUCCAACAUCUGCCACCGCUGCGAGGGCAAGGGCUUCUUCCACGGCUCGCCUGCAGCGCACACGCAAACCGGCAGGGUGCGCUGCCUGCUGUGCGAGGACUGCGGCGCGUGUGAGGGGAAGGGGGUGAUGCCCGUGGGACGGGCGCUGUGUGCGCAGUGCCGGGGCAGGGGAGCGGUGCACGCCGGGGGAUGGGCCGAGGUGCCCCACCGGGCCAGGCGGACUCAGCGCUGCUUCUUCUGCACCCCGUGCGACUGGUGCAGCGGCAAGGGGACCAUUCAGACGGGAUAUACACUCUGACUGUUCAGCAGAAAAAAGUUUCUAUU